CUAACUUCUGACUCCAGAAGCCGAAAAGUUCAGUGUGUAAAACGCUAUGUGGGAGAAACACACGUGGUUUAAAUGCCCAGUGCAAGUCGGAACACUCCACAGAAACUGUCAACAUGCCGAUAGAUUCGAAGCGUAUUCCUGGUCCAGAAGAAACCUUUUCACCCGAUCUUUACAGUAAAACGACAAUAAAGAAGAAGCUGCUUCAAGAAAAUGGGCAGAGAUCUGACGGCAGAACUCUGGAAGAGAUUCGACCAAUUUUUCUCAAAGCUGGUGUCGUAAGUCAAGCCCGAGGCUCCGCCUACAUUGAGGCCCGCAACACCAAGGUGAUAUGCGCAGUCUACGGCCCCCAUGAGGUGCAGAGGAGGGAGGGCUUCAGCAUGCAGGGAACCCUACGCUGCGAGUUCAAGUACGCAACAUUUGCCUGUCACAGUCGGAGACAGCAUCAGAAGGAUAACGAGGAGAAACAGCUGGGUUUGGUCAUACAGCAAGCGUUACAACCUGCUAUUUGUCUGCACAAGUUUCCCAAGUCUCAACUGGACAUUUUUGUGACGGUUCUUCAAAAUGAUGGCAGUGCACUCUCGGCAGCUUUAACGUGUGCCUCAGUCGCUGUUGCAGAUGCUGGGAUUGAGAUGUAUGACGUCAUUGUCGGGUGUGCAUUGCGGCAGGCAGGUGUUGAAACCUCGGUGUUGGACCCUACCACGAGCGAGGAGUUCCGAAGCCGUCUAGACCCAGACGAGACCGUCAACACUGCCGUCAACCACGGCUCGGUCACGGUAGCUUAUCUACCAUCCCUCAACCAACUAUCUGCCGUACAACAGACGGGAGAAUUAGACCACGAGGUCGCUGUGCAGUGCCUAAAGAAGUGCAUCGAGGGUUGCGUUGGAAUGUUCCCCGUCGUGAACCAGUGUCUGACCAGGGCAGUCAAAAGGAAAUCACAGAAAGCCAAACAGAUGGCAGAGAAACAACAAACUACAUCCAUGGACGAAAGUACAUAGUCAGGUUUGACACUUGUGUGAUUGUGCGCAAUGGGAGACUUUCAGGACGCUUGGUGGCAGCAGACUUACCAUGUAGAAUCCAUCGUUCUCGGUAAUGUGCGCAU